AUGAUGAUUUAACUUAUCCUUUUUUCGUAAUAGAAUUGUAGGGUUUGUUUUUUGCCGCUGCUACGUCGUCUUCUUCAACCCUCCUCGUCCAGUGUGCUUCCUUAACUCGUCAAAAUGACCAAGAGGACCAAGAAGGCCGGUAUUGUCGGGAAGUACGGUACCCGUUAUGGGGCUAGUUUGAGGAAGCAGAUUAAGAAGAUGGACGUCAGUCAGCACAGCAAGUAUUUUUGUGAGUUCUGUGGGAAGUACGCUGUGAAGAGGAAGGCUGUUGGUAUUUGGGGUUGCAAAGAUUGUGGCAAAGUCAAAGCAGGGGGUGCCUAUACACUCAACACUGCAAGCGCUGUGACUGUUAGGAGCACCAUCCGAAGGCUAAGGGAGCAGACAGAGAGCUAGACACUUCGAGCGUUUUACUUGUCAAAAAGAAACUUUGAGCAUUUUAAUUCUUACUUGAAUUUGAUUUGGAGUUACUUUUCGCUGUUGAAUGUUUAAUGCAAGUUGGAAUGCUUGAUUUUGCUAAUAGCGAUAUCUGUGUUUUUUGCUGUU